GAUUCGAAAACGAGGCAUCGCGCCAUCAGCAUCAGUUUGAUUUUAGUUAUCCGUCAUGUAAUUCGUUAGCAGGCAUUCUGUGAAAGAUAAGGCAUGGCAGAUCCCCCACUCUCUCUACUAGAGAAUUCCUUGAAGCAGCAACUGAUCCCCAUCUUUGCCAACCUGAGUGAGGAAAUAAUAGACAUUUGUGUCCGUGAUCCCAGUAAUCUCUCCAACCUCCAGUUGUGUAUUGACGAUCUGCUGGAACUGCGUACUUAUACACGACAUCUGGCCAAAGUCACCACCAAUUCCUCGGACAGCUGGAGACCAGAUCCAGUAGUGGUUGACUCCGAUGAUGAUGGUGACCUUGUUAGUGCUCUUCUUACUGCAGAGAGUGACGAAGUACAUAUCACUCAGCAAUUUCCUGCUACUCGCAGACUGGACACAGAUUGUCUUGUGACAGGUGUUGAUACAUCAAGUAAAAAAAAGAACUCUGUGAAAAUUCGUGAGGCAACAUUUAAGUGUACUUCUGAUGAAAAAAUACAAACCAGUUUCUCUUCCCCUCGGAAAGUUAGUUUAUUGGACGAUGUUGACUUUGACAAUGAUCUCCCACGAUUUUCUCCUUUAAGUAAAACGAAAUCAAAACCUCCAUCUAUCCACAAACCGUCACCUGUUAAUGACAUACUCUCCUCAGGAGCCAAAACCUGUUCUUCCAUCCUCAACACAGGACAUACAGCUGUCGUGCAGCAGUGGUGCCAAAGCCCAAAACAAGCUCUGUUCACUUCCCCAAACAAAUGUGACGCGAGACCAGCAUCACUUAUAGAUGAUGAUUCCUUUAACUCCACAAAAAACAAAAGUGAUGAUACUGUGGCUAAUAACGAUCAGAGAUGUAAAUCUGCAGGGAUACUUUCACCAGCUAAGCUAAAGCUGCCUUCACCUCAAAUGAAGCAGAAAUCCGAUGUCUUGAACUCCCACAAGUACAGAUUCAACCCUGAUUCGUUUCAGCCAAGCUCCAUCCCUGUUAUUCGUUCUCCUAUUUUCAACCCUGAUAGGAAUGGAACAAUAUCACAAACUGGUACAUCAAACAGUUCACAUGGCAUGUUACCUAUCAACAAUGUUCCACCAGUUACAACAACCUGUACAUCUCCACAAGCAAUGCCAAAAAAAAUCAAAUUUAAGAAAUCUCUCGUCCUCCCUGGUGACCAGUUACCAGCUACCACAAUAACUGCAGGAGAAUCCGACAGACUUCAAGCUUCUUCAUCUAAUACAGGUACACAAGAUUAUUCUACACCAUCUCCUGUAUUUCAUUUCAAAAAUCAAAAAGAGUCUGCGACCACAGUUAAUAAAAUGGAAAAAACAGGAGAUAUCGCUCCUCCUGUAUGUGGUAACAUUGCCCAAUGUAGAACACUCCAAAUCCCGCAUACUUUUUCAACGUCAGACAGACACCAGAGUAAUACAACAAAAACUUUGUUUACUGAGGGAUCACAGAUUAACGGGUUAUUAGCUGCAAAACCAAAUUUAGAUAUGCCACAAUCUCAGAAUACGAAAGAAAUACAGACCACAACAAAUGUGUCACCAGGUGCCUGUAAUUGGCUUCAAACACAGCGAUCUACAGAUGAUAACGAGGUACAUUCCAAAAUAUCACAGAAAACGAAACCUGGGACAAUAAACUGCCUUCAUCCCCAGACGUCAAAUUCAUUACAGAUUCCCACCAGUGGAUCACAGGGUGGAACUUCAAAUAAAUGGCCGUCACCUCUGUCAACCAAUAGCUUAUCACAAUCUUCAACUUAUAACAAGCAUCAGGCAGUGUCUCAAAGACCUCUUAUUUCAACUGCCAAUGGGCCACUGGCCACAAAUUCAUCUGUGGGACCCUCUGCAGGGUCUAAAAGCCCACGUGUUGCAUCAACUGGGAAUCAACCAAACUAUUCUAGCAUGCCACAAAGUUCACAUAAUGCAUCUUUGACCAGGCCACAGUCCGUGCUGAAUAAACAAGAAACUGUCCUUAAUUAUGCUACAACAACGGAGGCACCAACAACAGCUCCACUAUUGGUGACAGCAAAACCAUCCACAACAAAGAUGCCAUCAGCUACAACAAAGAUGCCGUCAGCAUUAGAUACAUUAUCGAGUACAAUACCCCAGACUUCUAACAAAUACAUUGUGGCCUCAUCAUCUGGGAGUAGAAAAACUACAUCAGAUAAAAAGUCUCCAUCUUCUACUGCAUUAACAGAAGGAAAUAUAUCUGAUAAAUCAAAGACAGCACAUCUUGCAUCAUUAGCAAGAGCACGUCGAGCUUCAAAGGCUGUAACGGUGCCAAACAACAUUCCAACUUCUGUAACGGUGCCAAACAACGUUCCACCUCCUGUAACGGUGCCAAACAACAUUCCAACUUCUGUACCCAAACUUAUUGACCAGACUUCUCUACCUGGACACCAAAGAGCUACUACUGAUGUGACAAAUCAAAAAACAGAUCCACGACCUGUCCAAGCAAGAACUGAUAUACAAACCGGUAGUGUGACAAACCCAGGGAAUGCAGAGAAGCUCCAUCCCAGUACAGAGAUUCCAGCUCCUAAAUCAAGGACGGACUGCUUAAUAGAUGAUGUGCUAGCGCUGUUUGCCGAGGCUGACCCAGCCUAUGUGAGGAGAAUGGUGGAAACGGAGAUUCUAACCCAGCGGCCCAACCAUGAGAUUGUCAACAAUCUCUGUAACCUGCUGCUCGAGAACCAUACUUACCCCCGGGCUAAACCCUCAGCCACGGCAACCAGCACAGAAAUUAUCAGUACACAGGUAAUUGAUGAUGUCGACUAUUAUGAGAAUUACAAGAAGAACGAGAGAAGGGCUAAUGUAUACUAUGGCCAGACAGAGAAGCUGCUCAUGCAUCAGUUUAUUUGGAUAUCAGCACAGUCUGUACAGUGUGUGUUGCGCUGGUAUGAUGGACAUUAUGCUCCAACACACAGGGUUCUCAGUCAGGUGAUGAAACAAAGGAAGGACGAUAUCAAAAAGGACAAAGGAGAUGUUCAGUAUCAUCUGAAAAUGCAGUCCUUACAUAGUGGAGCUACCAUCAAUAUCACUGUCUCUCUCAAUGGUAAGGAGCAUCCAUUUACAGUAAAAAUGCUGAAGAACUGGCGCAGGACUUCACCUCCAGCUUUAGUUGGUCUCGAUCCAUACCUUCAAAGUGAAAUCGACUUCAUCAAAAGAAAACAGUUGGACGAAUUUGAGGAAGCAGACCACCAGCUGGCGCUGAUGUUAAAUGAGACAGAAUAUGAGGAAAGUGGACAGCUGAUUGAGUGUGGUUGCUGUUACGGUGAAGUGCCAUUUGAAAACAUGAUACAGUGUUAUGAAGGGCACCUUUUCUGUGAGGACUGUCUACAACGAUAUGCAAAGGAGGCAGUGUUUGGUGCUGGAAAGGCUGACCUAAAAUGUAUGACGGAGGGUUGUGAUGCCUCGUAUCCUGUUGCUCAAUUAAAUAAAGCUCUUCCUAGCAAUAUUUUGAGCAAGUAUGAAGACCGUGUUCAGGAAGAGAACCUCAACCUGGCUGACCUUGCCGACCUUGUCAGGUGUCCUCAGUGUGAUUUUGCUGCUGUGUUAGACCCAGGCUACCCAGUGUUUCAGUGUGCCAAUCCAGCUUGUAGGAAGGAGACAUGUCGCCAUUGUCAGGAGCCCUGGGCUGACCACAUUGGAAAGACUUGUGAGCAGGUAGAAAAGAAGGAUGAGGUGAAACUGCGUGUACAGUUUGAGGAAAAGAUGACCAUGGCGAAGAUACGAACCUGUGUCAAAUGUAAAGCUAAAUUCACUAAAUCAGAAGGCUGUAAUAAGAUGACCUGUCGUUGUGGCUCUAAGAUGUGUUACAUAUGUCGGAAGCCGAACAUUGACUACAAUCAUUUCUGUCAGCAUGUCCGAGAACCAGGCAAAGGUUGUGAUAAGUGUAAUGCCUGUUUUCUGUGGAGUACAGGAGAGGAGGAUGACAAAAGGGCUAUAGAAGAAAUACGGAAGGAAGCAGAGGAAGCUAGGAAAGCACAAGGUUAUGGAGACAACAAGUUGAUAGGAGCUCCUGAUGAACCUCCAAAAAAGAAAGUCAGAGUUUGAUCAACAUAAUGCUGAAAGUGCAUGAGCCGACAAACGUACAAUCUGUAUGAUUAUCAACAGCCAAAGAACAUUUGUUGAGUGACAGAGACUUCAGAGUUUGAUAACCGACAAACAGAAACUUUGGAAUGUAAGAGCAACA